GCCGGUCUGACGUGCUGCUUUUGGUGUUGUGUCAACGAACCGAUCGAGGGCGUGCUGCAAAGGAAGGCACACGGGGAAAUAGUACACACACACACACAUACACACAGGGAAAGGUGUGGCUGUCCCGGCAGACGCUGGUUGGUAAUCAUCAUCUCGUCAUAACGUCAGUGCGAUGCAGAUCACAGGCGUGGCCACCAGCAGGGAGGGCAGUGACGGACGACCAGCGGAGGAGGACACGUUGACGCCCUUCCUGACGCCCCAGCACCUCGCCAAGACACCCGCACAGUCCUUCUUCAGUGUCAUCAACUCCAAGGACUCGCUCGACCAGUACCACGACGCCUACUCCACCCUGACCCGCCCCCACCACACCAAUGGCCACGCCUCUGCCUCUGCCUCCAUCCACGCCCUGCCCACCACCGCCGCCACUAGGGGAGGUUACCGACCACUAGACGCCUCAGAACCUUCUGCCUACACCUUUGAUGGGGCCGCUGGGCGAAAUGACAUCGUGGGGAGCCACGGACGGGUGCGCCACGCCAGCCACUCUGCCGCCCAGCCGCCCUUCACCACCCCUCCACACAUCGGCCGCUUAUCUCUCUCCACCACCUCCCUCAAGAGAGUCUCCGCCGACUCCCCGUACCUGCUGGCCAAACCUCCGAGCAGGGCGGACUCCUCCCCGGUACAGCUCGUGCAGAAAACGGGGAACUGGAGACAAAACUACCGGCCUUGUGUGGAGAUGGUGCGAGGGGGCGGCGGAAAGUUCGUCCCUAUCGCUGAGGCAGAGACCACCGCUACCCAGAAACCCAUGGUGUCGAAACCUUACCAUGUGAUUGAGAACAACAACGAUGAUGGAUGGAGGAGGAACUACGUGGAGUGUGUGGAAGGACGCGCGCUGCUGCUGGGUGACGAAGGAGGAGAUGAUGGUGGUGGUGGUGGUGGUGGUGGUGGUGGGUUGUCGCCAAACAGUCAGGAAGUGCAUCUCGCCCCAGCUCGCCUCACGCACCUCCCGCCGAAGGACGCUGAGCUGCACAUGUACUCCUUCGCUCCCUACCGGAAGCGAAGGGAAGGGAGAGGAGAGACGGAAGAAACGAGGAAGAACGCUGCAAUACGGAUAAUCGAGAAGGUGCAGCAACGGCGAGCGGGUCUGCAGAGGCUAAGGGACGAGUUCCGCCUGGAGAAUCUCUACCUCCAGCACAAGGUUCCUCAUCUGUUCGUCUCCUCACAGUGGCAGCAGCACAACCGAAUGUCAUGUCUGUACCUGGGUUACCGGCUGUUCUGGGCGCUGUACUUCUCCAUGUGGGCGGUGUGGGCGUGGGUGGGUUCCAUGGGCUACGAUGCGCCGGCAAGCCUCAAGAUCUACUUCCCGACCUACCUCACCAACUGGAGCAUCUGGACACUGGCGGCGGAUACCUCCCUCCAGGCCGUGAACGUGAUACUACACCUCAAGAAAAUAGCUGAUGACGGUGACGUGGUGUACCCAUCUAUGACGCGGCUGAUGAAGACGUCGUGGGUGCUGUCCAACAUCAUGGGCCCCGUGCACUUGUUCGUCGCCCUGGGCUACUGGAUCGUGGUCUAUCCGAACAGGAGCGAUGAGUCUCUAAAUGAGAUCGGCAUCAACACCCACAUAAUGCCCGCCCUGUACAUCCUGCUGGACGUCGCCGUUUCCGCAACCCCACGUCGCCUCGUUCACGUCUACCAGCCCAUCAUCUUCGUCUUCAGCUACGUCUUCUUCAACCUCAUGUACUACCUGUGCGGGGGCCUGGACUAUCUGGGCCGCCCUGCCCUGUAUCCCUUCAUGGACUGGACGCAGCCGGGAAGCACGAUAGGGAUUAUGUUUGUUUCCAUUUUUGGUGUGAUCCCUUUCCUGCACGCUGUAAUCUGCCUGCUGUGUGCAUCCAGGAUCAACAUGUGGCGCCGCCUCAAAAUAUCAAGGUAUGCCAGAGAAGAGGAUGAGAUGGACCAGGUGGACGGACCACAAGAACAGAAGGUCUAGGACGAGUUGUGGCAGACAAACUGCUUCCUUCACCUGUGCUGGUUACUGGCUGUGUAGAGGAUAGUCAUUGACAUUGUAUUGGAACAUCAACACACUCUGAACUAAACCAACAUUCUGUACUGUAAAUAUUAGCACAAAACUUCACCAUUAUUCUUCUGUCAAUGAAUUGUUAAUAUUUUUCUCAUUAGCAAUGGGUCAUUGCUAGCCACUUUUCAAUAUAGUAAUAAUACAUUACUAGAAAUUGUUGAAUUAAAUCAAACUUAUCUAAAAAUCAUAUCUCAAUGUGAAGUUAUUGAAGAUUUUGAGAUUGAUAUGGUCCAUUUUCUUGAUGUUAUCAACACAUGUGCCAUGGGUUGAUGGUCCACCAGCCUUAUAACAAAGCUACUACCCACACAUUUUGGCUUCCAUGUGCACAACGUUGCUAAACUCCUUAUAGCAACAAAAGAGUAGUGAACAAUUUUUCAGAAUUCUUACUAUUUCUGUGUGUGUGUGUGUGUGUGUGUGUGUGUGUGUGUGUGUGUGUGUGUGUGUGUGUGUGUGUGUGUGUGUACAUGCAUGCACAUGUCUGUGUGGAUGUGUAUAGUUCUCUGGGACAGCCGUGGAGAAGGCCUUAGCUGGGAGGCAGCCACCAGAGUGAAUGCACUAUGUUUCUGAUAUAAAAGAAUCAUAGAUUAUUUACCCUGGCAACCACAUCAUCUUAGCUAGUCUUACAUGUUCUUUAGUAGCAAAGCUUUAUGUUGUUUUCCCCAGUAUUGUACAAACAGUGAAUAAGGAAAGCCUAGAGAGGGAGCAAGUUUGCAUUACAGUGUCUCCUUUUGUAACUGUAGUCUGUGUUACCAUCAAAUUGACCAAAGAUUUAUUCAUCAGUCUCUCUGUAGAAUAAGUAUGUAUGUAAAGUUAAUGGGAGUAAAGCAAACUCUUUUAGACUGUGGGAAUAUUCCUUUCUAAUUGUUUUCACUUUAUAUCAGAAGAAAGGCUGUGUAAAUCAGGAAAGUUUUGAUUGACAUAAAGCCAACAACUAACUCAUUCAGUGUGACUGCCAAAAAAAACUCUGCUCUUCAAAUGUACCAGAGGAGUGAACACCACCACUCCUUUGUCUCCAUCAGAGAAGUGGUGCUUGGAAGAAGAGAACUCAAUACUGUAUGCUGCUAGUGCUUGAGAAACACCUCCUCCCUAUCAGUGCUAACAGUUAGUUAUAUACAUCACUAUAAUCAGUUGUUAGAUGCAUUCAUGAUAAUUAACACAAGUUCAAAUAGUGGCAUAUGCUGAAGAAAACAUUACAGAUAUUAUGUUUUAUGUUGUGGACCCACAUAACAAUAAUGAACAUCCUAGAUAGAUCUUCCCUAUCCUAAUUAAAGAUUCAUUUUGACUCUAGUAUCUGUGUCUUUGUGUAACUACAUUGUUUUUUUUUUUUUUUUUUUUUUUUUUUUUUUUUCAUACCACUAGUUCAAUGAGACUCCUUUCCAGCUACUACAGAGGCUUUAUUUAGAGACAGUGAAGCAAUUAAUUCCUGCUCUGAGGAAAAGGAACAGUUUCAGAGUUGUGUGGCAGUCAUGAUGAGUCCAAUUUCUUUCCACUACACUGACUUAAGUUUGCAAUUUUCACAAGAACAUUGUAAUAGUACUAAGAAAAUGUUUGUUAAGACAAGAGUUAUACUGUUUAAAAAAACAAUGUUCUUAGUUGCAAAUAUCUUUGCAUUUACCAAAGGUUUGCAGUGUUUUCUUUACUUAGCAUGUUUUACUUUUCCUUGUCUCCCAUGGUUUAGAAAACAAUAUGUGCUUGUGUUCUCAUGAUGACAAGUUGCCUUUUCAGGAGAUAAGGAAUGUAUAGAUAAGUAGUAUAGAAUUUUUCUGUAGAUUGUUUGAUUGGCACAAUACACAAAGUGAAGACCGUACAGUCUCUUUCACUAUGUGCAGACUUUCGUGUAAUACAAAGUCUGCAUAAAUCUAAAUCAAACUGUGAAAGUUGUUCUUACAGUUUUCAAUUGCAGAGCAACUACAACAAAAUGUCUAUAGUACUUCUACUCUAGCAUUUAUGUAUGUACUGACUAUGUACUGUACUUGUUAUUUAUUCAGUGAACUCUGCAAUUUUCUCUCUCUCUCUCUCUCUCUCUCUCUCUCUCUCUCUCUCUCUCUCUCUCUCUCUCUCUCUCUCUCUCUCUCUCUCUCUCUAUGAAAAAGUGUAUUUCUGUAGUAUGAUUACAAGUGCAUGACACUAAAGAUGACAGUUGUAAAGAGUCAUCAACAUACAUCUAAUGAUGUUUACUUGUAUUAUUGCACUUGACCAGUGUGUAGUUUUCUGGUUCAAGAUAAACUAAUUACCACUGAAACUCUGUUGUAUAAAAAAAAAUUUGUAAAAAAAAGUUUAUAUGACAUUUGUACAGUACAAGUGUUUGUAUAUACUAUCUGGUCAAUAUUUUUUUUUCAACACAGGUAAUUUAAAUGUCAUUUAUAGAAUAUUUGUAUAUAAAUGUUUUCCAAGCA